AUGACGAGCAUUGACGAGCUUUUCAAAAGCGCAAACGGCUCCGCGAAGCGCAAGUUCGAGAACCCAAACGAGGCCGAUCCAACGCAAUCCUACAAAUCCGCAAAGCUGAACGGAAAUGGCGACGUCAAGGGCACAGCACAGGCUUCGGUAGUUGACGAAGACGACGAUGAGGAGGCGGGCCCCUCAUUACCACCAGACUUCGACGACGGGCCGGGCGACGAUGACGAAGGACGGUUCUUUGGCGAUGGCUUGGAUGAGAAUGCGCGAGAUGCCAUGGAAUACAUAGACGCGCAGGAUAGCGACGAGGCGAUACAGGAAGAAAAGUAUGACAUUCCGUGGGUGCGCAAGCUGGCGCUCAACUUUGAGAAAAAGGUCAACAAGAAUGCGUCGCUGCGCGCAAAGUACGAAGACGACCCAACAAAAUUUAUGGAUUCGGAAGCCGAUUUGGAUGAGGGAAUCAAGGCGCUGAGCAUACUGUCGGAGCACCCGGAGUUGUACGAGGAAUUCGCAAAGAGCACAGCGGCCUCGAAGCUGGUAGAACUGCUGGCGCACGAGAACACGGACAUAGCAAUCGCCGCGAUUGAGAUGAUAUCAGAGCUCACAGACGAGGAUGUGGGAGGAGAGCAGGAGCAAUGGGAUGCGCUGGUGGUGGCAUUCAUGGAGGCAGACCUGCUCAGUCUGCUCAUAUCCAACUUCUCGCGCUUCGAUGAAACCGACGAGGCAGAUGCAUCAGGCGUAUACAACUCCUCGAAGGUGCUUGAGAAUUUACUGUCACAGCCCGCAAACACGGACAUAAUAGGGAGAGAAACCACACUACUAAAAUGGCUCCUGGACCGAAUCCAGAAGCCCGAGAAAUCAACAUCACAGAACAAGCAGUACGCCUCCGAGAUCCUCUCCAUCCUCACACAAUCCUCCCGACCGAACCGGAACCAUGUAGCCGAAGCCAACGGCGUCGAGACAUUCCUCACAAACCUGGCGCCGUACCGAAGAGACGACCCGGAAAAGGACAGCAACGAGGAGGAAUACAUGGAGAACCUCUUCAACUGUCUAUGUUCAGUAACAGAAGAGCCACUCGGAAAAGCCAAAUUCUUAGAAGCAGAAGGAGUAGAGCUUUGUCUCCUCUUCGUCCGCGACGGCAAAACAAGCAAAAGCCGGGCUUUGAAAGUGCUGGACCACGCCUGCGGCUAUGCGGAAGAAACAACAGACUCGUCGCAACAAGCCAGCGACAGCGGUAAAGGCAAAGCGGCCGCCAGCCAAGAUCAAGAAGCACCUCUAUUCUCCAACAGCGCCAUGGUCGUCUGCGAUAAAGUAGUCGAAGCCCGCGGCCUCAAACCUCUCUUUUCCACCUUUAUCAAAUCCAAAAAGUCGGAUCCCCAGCAAACCGAACAUAUCCUGGGUAUAUUUGCGUCACUGCUGCGCUCGCUACCCGGAAACUCCGACUCGCGCUUCCGUCUACUAGCAAAGUUCCUCGAGAAAGACUACGAAAAGAUCACAAAGCUCGUUGCGCUCCGGAGAGAUUAUGUUGCGCGUCUCGCGGCGUUUGAUGCACGGAGCAAGGAGAGGAAAAAGGGGUUGUCGAAGGACGAGCUGGAGGCUUGGGAGAUGGAGAAUAUCACUGAGAGGUUGAGUGAGGGGCUGUAUUGCUUGGAGCGUGUGGAUGCGAUUUUAGCGUGGUUGGUGGCUGAGGAUGAGGGCGCUAAGAAGGCGAUUAUAGAAAGGUUGAAGGAGAGGGAUGAAGGGCUAGGCGAUGUCAAGGCUACGUUGCAGGCGCAGUUGGAUGGGGUGCUUGCGGUCGAGAGGGCUGAGAGAGAAAUGCUGGAGACGCUCGUGGGGUUCUUGGAUUAACCGUGGUGGGCGACAUGUAGAAACAAAACGAAGGGCGUGCGAGAUUUCAUUGCAUGUGGACUUCGUCGAAUCACGGCGCGCUAGUUCUUGGAUAGUAUGUAUACUCUAGAUGCUAGGAAAUGAUGCAAAAAUCAUGCUCAACUCC